CGGGGCCCGGGCGCGGCGGCGGCAGCGGAGGAGGAGGAGGACGGGGACAAGGAGGAGGACGAGGAGGAGGAUGGCACGCGCGAGGCCCGCACGUGGAGGCCGGCGCGGGGGCGCGGGCAGGGCCGGCUGCUGAGACGCGCUGCUGCCCCCCGCGCGGGCACCGCGGCUUCAAUGGCGCCAUCGCCCAGGACCAGCAGCCGGCAAGAUGCGACCGCCCUGCCCAGCAUGUCCUCAACUUUUUGGGCAUUCAUGAUCCUGGCCAGCCUGCUCAUCGCCUACUGCAGUCAGCUGGCCGCUGGAACCUGUGAGAUUGUGACCCUAGACCGGGACAGCAGCCAGCCACGGAGGACGAUCGCCCGGCAGACAGCACGCUGUGCAUGCAGAAAGGGGCAGAUAGCAGGCACCACGCGAGCCCGGCCUGCUUGUGUGGACGGUCUCCUGACAAUCGCAGCCCCUGCGGUGCCCCCUGGGAGUGGCUGUGGCUCCCCGGAGAUUCUACACCUCAGCCACAGUCCUCCAUCCUGUGUGGACAUCGCUCGACCUCCCCCAUCCACCCACUGUUUCCCAGAGGCCUAACAAAGACAUCCCAAUUCCUCGGAGCUCUGAGCUUAAGUCUGUCCAGCUGAACCCAGGAGGCCGGGACUCAGACACACAUGUCAAGGGUGGUGCCAGGAAUCAGCAAUACCUGGUGUGUAGAGCCCGGCUACAUUCAUCCUCACUAGCCGCUUGCUCCCUGGAGUUGGAGGACCAGAACAAGGAGACUGCGGCCCGGCCAGCUGAGCCACAACGCAAGGUCCGGGGACUGUCAGGUGCAGAAGCCACCACCUCCUCUGUCCCAGACUGUCUGAAUCGCUUUUAUUUUCUUAUACUUUCAGUAUACUCAAUAGACCAAAGAGCAAAUCUAUUUUAACGUGGACACAUCCCUGCUGCCAAGAGUUCCCCCAGGUUUGAUUGUGGGGCGGGGGAGGGCACAGUGGCAGACAUGCUGGUGGCCCAGGCACCAUGGAGAGGGCAUCCAAGGCCAAGACCCCCGCCCCACGAACACUGCAGCGUGCCCUAGGAGGAUGGCUUUGCCCAGAAGGACACCACCGUGGUGCACCUGCAGGACCCAGCAGGGGCGUGGCCGGCAACAGCCCCCAGCGGACAGCAAGGGCCCCGGACACAGACCCUUUGCCCCUGUGCUUAGACCAACUCUAUCGUACUAAAAUCACUUUCUGUUUUAACCAGUUAGACAUGCCUCUUCCACAGCUCCAUUUUUGAUAGUUGGAUAAUCCACCAUUUGCCAAGAGCAUGCUGGGUCUCCCGUGACUGCUAUCUCAUCUGAUGCACCAUUUAGCUCCAGAAAGCAAAUUAAAGAAAACUGAAGUAACCCUGUUUGAAAGAGAUCAUUAAAUGUAUUUUGCAAAAGCCUAAAGUUAUAUAUUUAACAGUUUUUAUAUGUUGUAUAUUUGUAGAAAAUCCUAUUUAACAUUUGACAGCAGGUCUGACCAUCCUGAGAGUUGUGACCAGGCCCCCUGGAAGCCUGGAGACUCUGGAGUGGCCAUGGAGGACCUCAGAGCAGACACGGAGGGGCAGAGCUGUGGGUGAAGUGCAGAGGAACCCACCCAUUCUAGGAAGCUCUGACUCUCUUUGCUCUGGUUUGGUCUGAUAGCUCACACCCCCCUGUGAGUCUGUGUGUUGGUAAACAUUGCGUAUACAAUAUUUUGGUCACGGAUUUUGGUCCCUCUCUCUCUCUUAACCCCCUUUGCCAUCCAUAGAUCUUGAGUCCAUGUACGGCCAACUUGCCCUUCCCAGAUGAAUGGCCCCCCUUCAUUCUCAGAGGUCCUUGUUCUCCACAUUGGGAGGCUGAGACAGCAGGGUUGGAGGGGAGACGGGGCUGGGGAGCAGAAUCGCUGUCCUUGAUUGUCCUAUGCUGUGGGGCCAGAGGCCAUCAGAUAAGGGACAGACACAGUCCCCAUUCAUAUUCCUGAGUUCUGCUAAAAGUAUACUACCUACACGUCCAAUUAACAUGACUAUCAUGCUAGUAAUAUACUACUAAAGAAAAACAUUUUUUUAAAGAAAUGUAUUUAACUCCAGUAUAGAGAUGCCGUUCAAGCAACCAUAGGCUAAAAGGUAGGAAAGAAAGCUCAUUUCUGUGAGACCCAUUCCAGCAUCCAUGUGUCCUCCCUUCACUCAUGCAGACGGAUGAGCAUCCUGGGCAGGGAGAUGAAGCUGACAUGGGGGUGGGGGAUUCUCAUCAGAGGAGGUGGUCAGGAAAGGCCACUGUCCCGCAGUGUCAGGCUCCAGUGGCCUGUGUUGCAGGGGUCAGCAAGGUAGGUUUCAUUUCACCACUGAACCUCAACGCCUGGACCUCCACCUCCCCUUGGCUGUUUCUUUUGAAAGCAUAGAGACCUUCGAGGGUAGAGACCGGGAGACUUAAGAUGUUACAGCAUAUUUCCCCCCACCCCCUUGUUUUACAGUAUCCGAUUUUGUGUUGAUUCAGCUAAAUUAUGAAAAUAAAGAAAAAAAAGUCCUUUGAUAA